GUGCCGCCAAUCUUCGCACGCCUGCAUAGAACGGGAUCAUCAACUAUAUGAGAAACGAGCUCCCCAGUUGAUCAAUUACUUCACGACGUCCCUCCUUCUCCUACACUGCUUCUCCUCGUCAUGGCCUCUUCAGCUAGCAAACAACCACUCAUGCCGAUCCUCUACAGCGGCGCAACCUCCGCUCCACCUCCCACGCCCUCUGCCCAUUCCAACAACAAUCUCUGCCCCGCUCCCGACGCCGCCGAUGCCUUCUCCCGCCUCCUCCUCCACCGCCUGCCACCUCCCACUCUCUCUCUCCCCACUCGCUGCUCCUCCUCCCCAGCCACCUCUCCUCCCGUCAUAUCGCUCUCCGCCGAUCAAACCCCCACCAACGACCUCCUCUCCUUCGUUUCCGACCUCGGAUUCUUCCAGCUCACCCACCACUCUGUACCUCCAGAACUCGCCAGCUCCGCCGAGUCUGAAUCCCUCGCCCUCUUCGAUCUUCCUAGAGACCAGAAGGAGUCGUUGCUCCCCAAAAACUGGCCUCUCGGUUACGAAUGUGGCGGCGGCGACGAUGACGACGACGACGAAGCGGGUGGGCAGGGCGAGUCGUUCCGUCUGGACGGGUCGUGUUCGACCGAGUCUACCGAGUUGUCCUUGGCAUCUCUGCGCGAAUUCACGCGCGCCCUGGAGAAGUUGGGAUUAGAGAUCAUUGAUCUGCUGUCGAAGGCCAUGGAUUUCGAGAAUCCCGUGAGGGAUGACCCGACCCGAUUCUGUUCCAUGAUGUGGAUCUCGGAGUGCGAGCGGAGCACGAAGCCGGUCGUGUCGGGUGGGUUUUACCCGUUCAUAGUUGGGCUGCAGUACCAGAUCAGGAGUCAGAAGCACUCGCUGCUGUCGGAUUCGGGUUGGGUGUCCGUUUUGCCCGACGUGGACUCAAUCCUGGUCACCAUUGGCGACAUUGCUCAGGUAUGGAGCAAUGGGAAGUUGAAGAAAGUGAGAGGGAGAGCAGUGGGGGAAAUGGGCGGAGAAGUGAGUAGUGGUUCGCGAAGCAUAAGCAUGACGGUGCUGGUGAGUCUUCCGACAGAGAGCAGGGUGGCUCCGAUCCUUCCCAGGCCAGCCGCCGUGGGGCAUGAACACGAACAGGAUAAAGGAAACGACGACGAAGUGGAAAAGAGGGCAGUGUUUCAGUCCUUUGAUUUUGAGGACUAUGCUUGGAGGGUAUACCAUGAACGCCUCCUCUUUAAGGAUCCUCUUGAACGGUAUCGCAUCACUUCCACUUUAAGCACGUCACAAGGAACAGGAAUUGACAGAUUGUUCUGAGUUUGUAAAUGCACCUUGUUAUUUUGGUGAUCUUGGGAUAGUGUUUCAACUGAGACCCUUUGAUUUAUUAUAUAUUCUAGAAUCUGAUUUUGUUUCUUUUA